GAAAAAUUGAGAGACCAAAACCCAGGUUCUUUUGUUCUUUCUUUCUGUGCUGGGCACAUCAAAACAUCGUUCAAGAGCGUGAAAGAUUUGGAAUCCGUUAAAAGUCUGCGUCAAAACUCAUUCAUUCAUUCCACUCGCCACUGAUCGCUUCUUCGAUCUCCACCGUCUGAUCAAUUCUCUCCGGUCAAACCCAAAAUUAAUUUUUAAUGCAACUAAUAAUUCACAUCAACGAUUGUUCCGCUGUGGCAUGAUCACACUUCGUUUCAUCUGUGAUGCUGGACUUCAGGGAAGGUUCAAGUGUGAAGGGGUCACUAUUUGGGUUUUGGGGUUUUGGUUAGGGCUUAAUUUUGUGGCGGUCGAGAUGGAAGCCGAUACUGAGUACGAGGAAGGAGAGGCUUUCUUUUGUUACAAGGAUUAUGAUGAUGAUGAUGACAACAUUGACCCCGAUUCUCUCUCUUACAUUGAUGAGAGGAUUCAGCAUGUUCUGGGUCAUUUUCGAAAGGAUUUUGAAGGAGGUAUUUCUGCUGAGCGUUUGGGUGCAAAAUUUGGUGACUAUGGCUCCUUUUUACCUACCUGUGAACGCCCUCCUCCUUUGCGAUCUUGUCCAAAGACUCUACAAAAGGAUAACAAUUUGCCGAAAUCUCCUAGGAGAUCUAGCAAUCUCCAAAUGGCGGUUGCGUUUCUCAACUCAAAAGCACCUUCAAAUAUGCAUCCUUCUAUGAGGCUUGGAACAGCUUCCUGUAAUGCUCAUCCAUUUCAUAACUUAAGAGUACCUUCGGUUGAUGAUCCUGUAAAGAACACAGGAACUUCAUCCAAUAAAAUAAUAGAGAAGUGCACUGUGAAAGAUGAUUGUGUAAAUAAGUCGGAAAAUUUGACUGACCAAAGAACACUGAAGUUGCGAAUCAAAGUGAAAUCAGAUAUCUUAGCAAAAAAGAAUGCUGAAAUUUACAGUGGUCUAGGACUUGAUGACUCUCCAUCUUCCUCAAUGGAGAACAGCCAUGAAGAAAGUGAAGAAAUGCCACAUGUAUCUCAAGAGACCCCUGAAGAAUCUCCAACUAGAAUUAUUCAGGUUAUGUCUUCCUUCACUAUUCCUGGAGGUGUGCUAAUAUCACCUCUACAUGACAGUAUGCUGUACUUGAUAAAAAAGGAAAAAGAUCUUGGAGACAAAAGACACAUUUUUUCUCUUAAUGGUCAUCAAGAACAUUAUUCCAUGUCUACUGAUGAAUCAGAUUCUUUUGUUGGGGAAGGACAUUUGUUGAAGAAAAGGAAAGUGACGGUGGUGGACCAAAGUGAAAAAGUGCAUAUGAAUGCUAACUUUUCUGAGAAUGAUAUGAAGUUACAUGUGAAGAAAAAGUUAGGAAAUAGAACUCCAGAUCGUAAGGAUUUUCUAUCUAAUGACCUGAGAAGCACACCACUGUCAAGUUCAAUUUGUGAUGCUGGUGAAACUGCUGAAGUCACUGGUAAGGCUUUUGAAGUAUCCAAGGAGGUCAAUAAAGAUGGUGUGAAAUGUAGAGUGGUUUCCACUGAAGUAGUGAAGGAGGAUUCCCUAGAGUCAAUAUCUGGUCAGGAUUUUGACAAGUUUGAGAACAAAAAUACAGGAAGUAGCUUUAUGAAAGUUUUAGAGCAUAAAAUGGAAAUUUCUCAGAAUAAUAAUUCCACUGAUCCUAAGAAUAAUAGCAAGGGUAAAGCUUUUGCUAUUUCAAAAAGGGUUAAGUGUGAUGAAGUGAAACACAAGGUGGAUCAAGAUACUCAAGUGUGUGAGAAUAAUCAGAAAGGAAAGGAAAUAUCUGAAAGCAAGAAUGAGUUGCAAGGUGAACGGUGUUCUGGGAAACAUAUGACUUUUGCUGAAAAAGAUAGCAUUGUUACCAGUAAUGAUGCAAUGAUAAAUGAUAGGAAGAGAACUGGCACUGGUGUUAUUUCUUCUAAUAGUAAAAUGCAUAAAAUAAAGUCACUGAAGGAUAAUAAGGUCAGAGCUCGUGACAAAGAUUCAUUGAAAGGGAAAAAAUCAGAACGGAUGGUUGAUGGAGUAGAUCCAACUGACUGGCCUCCCCUAAAUAAGACUACAGGUAGUGCUAACCGUGAUCAUGUUGCAAAGAGUGCAUAUAGGGUUAAAGUAAAGGAAAGACCAACUGGCAAUAAAGUAGUUAAUCAGUUGUCAGCUUGGCCAUGUGUAAAAGAUGCUCCAGGUGCAUUUCCUAUUGCUGAAAAUAAACCAACUUCUGAUAUGGUUGUGCCAUCAUCAGCAGCUGUACCUCAAGUUAUCGAAGAAGAUUGGGUAUGCUGUGACCGUUGCCAGAAAUGGAGGCUUUUACCUAUGGGUUUAAAGCCAGACCAGCUUCCAGAGAAAUGGUUGUGUAGCAUGCUAGAUUGGCUGCCCCGAAUGAAUCGGUGUAACAUCAGUGAGGAGGAGACAACAAAAGCACUUUAUGCUUUAUAUCAAAUGCCGAUUCCUGAGGGUCAAAAUAACAUGCAAAGCCAUGCCACUGGACCUGAAACUGGAGUGACAUCUGUUGAUGCUCUGCAACUUGGCCUGAAUCACCAAAAGUCCAGUUCUGAUGUAAUGUUUGAUCUAGGAAAGAAGAAAAACAGUAUGAAUGAAAAAGCAAAGCCAGGAAUCAAUAAUGACAUGCAUCAGUUGUCAAAUACUGAAAAGAACAAUGCUCAAGAGUCUGUGAAAAAUAGAAACUUGAAUGACAUGAAUCAGUGGCCUGCAGACUCAAAUCGUACAAAGAAAUCUAAUUCUAAACAUUUGAUAGAAGAGAAAAAAACAGUUAAGGCAAAAGAAAAGCAAAGGAAUGGAGGGGACAGAAACAAUGCUAGAUUGAAACGUAAGAUGGGGGAUAAUCAACAUGGAUCUGGAACUCCUAAGAAAUCUAAGACUGAAGAUGUUUGUUAUGCUGAUAAACAUCUGAAUUCUGGCCUGGGAUUUAAAAAGGUGGGUCUAAACUCAAGAAAUGGUUUACCAACAAAGGCUACUGGAAAAAAUAUGAGGAAAUAUGGUGAUUAUGAUUGUUCUACCAAUCAAGAGGGCAAGUUGGUAGUUCCGGUAAAGAAAGGAGACUGGGCACAGUUUUCAUCAGAUGAUGGUUCAUUGGAUGCUACAAACAGCAGCAAAAGUGGUUCAAAGAAGAAAAGGAAAAUGCGUGACUGGAUGGAUAAUGAGAAAAAUAAGAAAACAUUGUCGUUGGAAGAUAAUAUGAAAUGUGGUAAAGAGGGAAAUAUAAAUCGGAGGGAGAAGAAGUAUAUAGUUUUGAAUAUGGAGGCAAAAUCAGUAACUGAAAGUGAUGAUAAAUUGAAUAGAGAAAGUGGGAUGAAGCAAGUUUUAAUGUCAGACAGCAGGGACGAAAUGGCUGUUGGAGCAGAGUUGAAAAGUGUUAAUAAGGUCCAGCAGCAAAGAAAGCACAAAAAAAGUGUUGCUGCUAACCAAGCUUUGGAUUAUUUUGAUCCAUUGAGUAAGGAUUUAGGCUCUGGACACUUUUCAUUGGCAGCAACUUCAAGCUCUUCUAAGGUUUCAGGGUCUCACAGAGCUAAAACUAGCCUUGAAGAUGUCAGGGGCUCCCCAGUAGAAUCUGUUACCUCAUCACCUUUGAGGACCUCCAUCAUGGACAAGCGUAUUUUGGCAGCAGGGGACCUAUCAGAAAAAGAUGAUGCUAGAAAAGAUGGUCUACCAGUUAAGAGUUUGGAUAACAGGGAGGGGAAGCUAUCAGUAAGAACGAAGGAAAGAAUUUCAUAUGACAUACAUCUUGCUCAUGGUAAUUGUGGCAGAGGUUCACAUCAUGAGGAAAAAUUGAACAAGAGUAAUCAGGAAAAUGCACUUUCUUGGCAGAAAUCUGGUAAGGUUACAUCAUUACGGGUCAAAGAAAAGGACAGAAAUUCUGGUUCUGAGAUUCGUAGGGAUAAGAUGGAGGUUUCAGCUUCAGAUAAUGAUUUUUCAAAAAAUGGUGUGAGUUAUGAGUCAGCAGUUGAUCCUAGUCAUCAUGCUUUUGGUACUGAGACAAGAAAUGAUGUUAAGAGCAGUUCUCUAAAGUCUAAACACAAGAUUGACAACCUUACUAAGAAAAAUUCUUCAAGGCAUUUGUCCAAUGAAGCUGGAAAACUAACUGAGCUAAAACAAAAAGCGGAUGCUAGAACUAAUAGAAAGAUUAUCUCCCAGCAGAAUCUGAUUCAGAUCUUUGAGGAAGAAAACAAAGCUAAUCCAGUAUGCACUGGAUCAAGAGAUGGGAAAGCCAAAGUUAUCUCAUCUUCUGAGGGUAAAGUGAAAAGGGAAACAUUAUAUGUGGAUUCCAGAACUGCACCUGAGUUGCAAAAUGUAGAUAUGUCUAAUGGGCAUCCAGUCCAUGCAUCUGGCCAUGGUGAAGUUCCCAAGUUUGUUGGAAAUCCAGUUGAUGUUUGUUACAAGGUUGGAGUUAAUCAUAGUUCAGGAAGCUUUGUACCUGAUGGACAGUUCAGUGAGUCAAGUCCUGUGACAACAAAUUCUAGCCAAACUGCCUCUAGCAUUCUGGAAGAAGCCACAAAGCUAAAAGAUUCUGCAGAUCAUUAUAAGAACUCUGGAUUUGAGUUUGAAAGUAAUGAGACUUAUUUUAAAGCUGCCUUGAAGUUUCUGCACGGAGCUUCACUUCUAGAAAAUUCUCACAGCGAGAGUAGAAAGUAUGGAGAGAUGAGUCAAAUGCAAAUAUAUGCUACUACUGCUAGACUUUUUGAAUCUUGUGCCCAUAAAUAUGAAAGACGUCAAGAAAUGGCUGCAGCUGCUUUGGCAUAUAAAUGCAUGGAAGUGGUAUACAUGAGACUGGUUUACUGUAAACAUUCUAGCAUAAACAGGGAUCGUCAUGAGUUGCAAUCAACCCUGCAAAUGGUUUCUCAAGGUGAAUCUCCUUCCUCUUCUGCAUCUGAUAUUGAUAAUUUAAAUAACCUGGUGGUAGUGGAUAAGGCUACUUUGACAAGGGGUUCCAAUACUCAUGUCUCUAACAAUCAAGUCAUAUCUGCUCGGAAUUUCCCAAAUAUUGUCAGACUUCUUGAUUUUACUCAAGACAUAAGUUUUGCAAUGGAGGCUUCUAGAAAAUGCCAGAGCACUUUCAUGGCUGCUAGUUUGAACAUGGGAGAGGCACGGAAUAGCGAUUGCAUAGCUUCUAUUAGGAAGGUUGUUGAUUUCAGUUUCCAAGAUGUAGAUGAGCUUGUACAUCAGGUUUUGACUGCAACAAAAGCAAUAACUCGUGCUGGUCUUGGUGGUGUUAGGGAUUAACUUGAUACUGUAUAUAACAUUUUUUUGGGUUUCUCUUCUCUACUGAGAAGGUAUCCUGAAAGGAAGUGGCUUAAGGAUAUCUACCUAUGCUGGCACUAGGAAACCUGCAAAGAAGGCAGGCCACCCACAACAUGUUACCCUUAUGUACAUAUGUACAAAAUGAGAUUAUUAGCAAAUUUUGGAAUGUAUUUUUAAUUGCUCAGGUUCUUCUUAUCUGUGAAUAGGAGCACAAAUUUCUCACCCUUAAAUUUUAUGGGUUAGAAAGAGGGAAGUGAUUCCUUCUUGUUUAGUGACUGAGGAUGGAUAUCAUGUAAUUUUUCAGUGAUACAUUCUUUGCUCCACUGAUUUGGAGCCCCUGAAAAAAAUAAAAUAAAGUCUGGAAAUGUGAGGCAACCAGUUUUGAUGA